AUGGCGUCCGGCGGCCAUAUGCACAACUUCACCACCCUCAUCAAGCGGCUCGAGGCAGCCACCUCCCGCUUGGAGGAUAUGGCCAUGUCACUUGAUGACCCUAGGCCAUCCCUCCGCCCCCCCGCUGCCCCCACAGCGGCCCCGGUUCCUCUGCAGAUUCAAGACUUCGAUGCCUUGAUCAAGGGAGACGUCCAGAACUUUGUGAACCUCGGAGAGAAGAUUGGAGGCUUGGUUGCUGAGCAAUCCAAAGCCGUCCUCCAGGCCUUCCAAGCCGAGCGCACCUAUCUUUACGUUGUCACAAAGGCCAAGAAGCCUGCUACCCAACCCCCAGAGUUGAUGACCGAUCUGCAUAAGGCGUCCGAUAGCAUCAACAACAUCCGCGAAUCAAACCGAGCAUCCCCACUCUUCAACCACCUGAGUGCCAUCGCGGAGGGUAUUGUCGCACUGGCCUGGUUCUUUGAGAACAAGCCCGGUGAGUUUGUCACGGAUAUGAUCGGUGGCAUCGACUACUACGGCAACAAGGUCUUGAAGGAGUAUAAGGACAAGGAUCAGACACAUGUCGACUACAUCAAGGCCUACUCCCAGAAUUUCAAGGCCUUGUCUGCGUACCUGAAGAAGCAUUUCCCCAAGGGUUUGACCUGGAACAACGAGUCCGGAAUUGAUGCGCUGGAAGCAUUGAAGCAGGUUAAGGGCGGACCUUCCCCCGCUCCAGCUCCGAGCGGCUCUCUUCCUCCUCCCCCUCCUCCUCCAGUCCCAUCCCUGAAUGUCUCUGCACCCGAUAUGGGCGCUGUCUUCGACCAGCUUAACCAGGGCGAGGGCAUCACUUCCAGCCUUCGAAAGGUCGACAAGUCAGAGAUGACACACAAGAACCCCGGCCUGCGUACUAGCUCGACCGUGUCGGAGGGCUCAAGCGCUGCGCGCGGCAAGUCGCCAGCCCCUAACAAGAAGCCAAAGCCCGAGAGCAUGCGCACCCGCAAGCCUCCCCGCAAGGAGCUUGAGGGUAACAAGUGGUACAUCGAGAACUUCGAUUCUCCUGGUGAGAUCAUCGAAAUUCCCGCGCAGCAGAACCAGUCUAUCCUUAUCACCCGUUGCAACAAGACCAUCAUCAAGGUCUCUAACAAGGCCAAUGCCAUCGCCAUUGACAACUGUGUCGGUCUCUCGCUCAUUGUCGACUCUCUUGUCAGCAGCCUCGACAUUAUCAAGUGCCCCAAAUUUGCUGUGCAAAUUGACGGUGUCGUCCCCACUCUCCUGAUGGAUCAAGUCGACGGUGCUGCCGUUUACCUCGGACAGCAGAGUCUGAACACCGAGAUCUUCACUAGCAAGUCCUCUGCUGUGAACAUCAACCUGCCCCCGCCAGAGGGCACCGACGAAGACACCAAGGAGUGCCCUCUGCCUGAACAAUUCAAGAGCUACAUCAAGAAUGGUGUGCUGGUGAGCGAGAUUGUUGAACACGCUGGUUGA